GCGUAACGGACAGCGAUUUUUUAAGUUUCAAAACCAGUGUUAAUUAUUACGAUUAUCGUAUUUAUUUUUAUACAAAAUCAAUUAAAGAUGGACUUGAAGCAAAAACAAAGUAAACCACAAAACCGCUUAUUGAAGCUAUCUCUAAAGAAGAACAGAGCGAAACCAGACCAAGAAACGAGGAAAUUAAACCGUAGUUCAGAUAUAAUGAUUAUUGACGAAUCUUUCGACAAAUUGAUCUCAGAAUAUCAAAAGACUGUUCCUUCCAAACCAAGAAUAUAUUCAACCAUUGUCAUCGAUGACUCGCUAAACACAACAAAUGGAGAUAAUAUUGUGACAAAUAAAGAACCAAGUAAAUCUGGUAAUGUAUCUAUGUCCUCCAUAAAAGAUAUGACAUCACCUGUCAAUAAUAACAACAACAGACCCAGUAUAGGAGGUUGGUCACCCGGCCAGAACAUACUAUGUGCAACUCCAAGAAACAAACCCAUACCCACCACACCAAAUGAUGUAGCCAACGAAUCGUUUGAACAAUGCUCCAUAAAAACUAUACAAAAAUCGCAUCACAAACUGUUAAGUGAUCUGUAUGGAGAGAAAUGGAAAUCAAUUCCUUCGUUAUUCAAAACUAUUCAACGGAAACAUGACAACUUUAACGGAGUAACCAAAAAGUUACAAUUCGAAGACGAUGACAGUGAUAAGGAGAAUAUUAGAAGCGUUUUGGAAAAAAACAAGGAGUUGUACUUGACUGGGUCCGAUUUGAAAAAUAAAAAAGGUGAUUUCAGCGACAUUGAAAGGAAAUCCAAAAAGAAAUUGUACACUGAAACAGUUCCCAACACACCAGAGCCGCCUAAACAAAAACCGAUAAAACUCAAGGAUGUAAAAACGAGUACCCCAGAAUUGCCUAAACAAAAACCGGUAAAACUCAAUAAGGGCCUAAAGACUACGAGUACCCCAGAAUUGCCUAAACAAAAAUCGGUAAAAGUGAAUAGGGAUGUGAAAACAACGGUAAAAAAACGCAAAGACAUGACUGUCACGGAACUAGUGAGGGCCAUGCAGAAUGACGUAGAUAGCUUAACGAAGAAAAUUCAAAGUGUUACGGUUGCACAGAAGUCUGAUGAUGUUGUUAAAAGGCUUAGUUUCAUUGGAUCAUUGGCUGACAAUGUCCCAUCCUGGCGUUGCCACCCUGAAGCGUUGCAGUACCAUGAUAGUUACAAAAAACUAAAGGAACAGCUGUCGAGACGUCUGUACGUCGAAUUCAAUAAUGUGGUGUUUGACGGUGGGAUGGAUGCAGAUAUGUGUAUCAUAUGGGAUACUAAGCUUAGGAGUACUGCUGGUUUAACAACAAAUCGUCUAGUAAAAACCGCGAAAGGCGAUCAAAUCAGGACGUCGAGUAUAAAGCUGUCGGUCAAAGUGGUGGAUGCGGCGCAGAGGUUGCGUGACACGCUCAUACAUGAGAUGUGUCACGCUGCCACUUGGCUUAUAGAUGGCGAGCUAAGGGCAGGACACGGCCCAGUAUGGAAGAAAUGGGCAUCCAGAGCGCUCCGCAAGUUUCCCGAGCUGGGCGAGAUAUCCCGAUGCCAUGAUAUGGAGAUACAUUACAAGUAUAGCUACAAGUGUACCAAGUGUGGAUACAGCAUCAAACGGCACUCAAAGUCGAUAGACAUCACAAAAAAGUGUUGCGGCUACUGCCGUGGACAGUUCGAGAUCAUCGUCAACAGGAAAAACAAAGAUGGCGUCGUGGUCUCCACACCCGCUCGCAAGGGAGGCCCCAACGAUUUCGCACUCUACGUGAAAGAGAACUACGGAACCCUGAAGACCGGCAGAACCCACGCCCAAGUGAUGAAAAUGCUUGGCGAACAGUUCUCUGCCAAGAAAACCCAAAAGCAAGCUAAUUUUGGGAUAAGAAAUACUGAUGAAAACUUUGACGAUUUAUUUAGUGAUUGACAAUAUUCUAUACACAUGACAAGUGACAAUAUCAAAUGUAUGAUUCAGCAAAGGUGAUGAAAGAUGGAUGGAUGUUUCAAGGGUUCCGUACCCGAUGGGUGCCAAUGGGACCCUAUUACUAAGCCUCCGCUGUCCGUCCGUCCGUCUGUCUGUCAGCGGGGUGUAUCUCGUGAACUGUUAUAGGUAGAGAGAUAAAAUUUUCACAGCAUGUGUAUUGUCACUAUAAUAAGUAGGUAGUAUAAGAAGUAAUAAAAAAUUUGAAAUGGGUGGCAUACUAAAAAAACCCGGUCAAGUGCGAGUUGGACUCGCAUGCGAAGGGUUCCGUACCACCGUAC